GCCACGGUCACCUGACCAAUCUGACCAAUUGCGCGCUUCGCUAGAUGGUUUGAAAGGUUUGAAUGUUUUGAGCAGCAUUUCGGCUGCCUCUAGGAAUUUUUUCCGCUUUUAUCUCUUCGAUGCUUUCCAUUGUGAAAAUGGGAUUGACUGUGAAGCUACUGUCAUCUUUGCUGGACGUUCUCCCGUAGUCUGUUUGAGAAGACACUGCGCGGAUCGCAUGAAAGCAUGAAGUCCUGCACCUGUUUCCGCGCACGGAUGCGGAAAGCGUAAACAUUGGGGACAGUAUGGACAGCCAAAACACAAGCAGCAAAGGGCUGACUUCUUGGUUGCGAUCAUUUCGCACAUCAAGAGACAGCCCAAACGACUUCACCGACGUUGCAACAACGCAAAAUAAUCGCUUUGCGCGAACCUUUCGACGUAGUCUUGGGCAAGAACCUGAACGCAAUGAUGAUGCGUCUCGAGAUAUGAAAAGUAAUCCCACAAGAGCAUCUCUCAUGUCCAUACGAAAAGUCUGGGCUGCGGAUGCAGAAACUGUCGCUAGAGAAGCUAAAAUCGUUGGACGAAAAUCAAAGAAGCCGUGCGCAAAAAUAAACGGACAGUGCAGUCCAAGCAAGAUUCCAAUUUCUCCGCACAUGAAAGCUCAGCAGAGGAACUUGUUGCCGCACGUGCGUGUCACGCGCGACAAGGAGAACGACAGGCUGCGAGCAGACGCUUGCGAAACUCGCAGCGCCUCUGGUGACAGCCUCGGCAGCACCCAGAGCUCUAAGAUGGUGAUGAAAGCAGCAAUGCUGGCGAAGAGUCGAAGAAGCUCUUGCGGUUGUCACGCAAAUCUAAACGUUCGUUCGGAACAGGAGGCCGCAUUUCAAAAGGCAGCCAACCAGAUUGGCCUCCCAAGGACGUCCACUCAGACGGGCGUUCUGAGAGCUGGGGAGAGGUGUCGCUCGGUGCCGCUGUCACCGCUCGAUAACAUUUCGGGCAUCAGGGACUCCUCGAGGGAGAGGAAAGUGGUUCCUAGCACGCUGGUCACGAACGGGACUUCAGCACGGCAAGGUCAAAGCAGGUUGGAAGAAGGUGUAGUAAGUGCACGUAGUAACGUGAGAAAUAUUCCACCUUUGCAACAAGCUCUAGAGGAAGGCAAAAUUCCAGCUGUUCCACCGAGAACGUAUUUACUGCGGAUGGCACACGCAAAAGCUCACCUUACCGGGACAGGCGUGCCCACUUCGCAUCAUCCUCUACAGAAGACGACCCGACACGCUGAAGCACACUCGAGGAAGGUCGCACGGGGUCCAGAAGAAGACGUCCGUGUGUGUUCCCGAGGCAUCUUAAAAAACGAAGUCGUAAGACCAACCCAGUCAAACUCGGGAAGGCCCAAUGUGCGGCCAGCAGUGAGGACGCCAUUUGCUGGACUGCAGAACAACCCAAGUUACGGCCUUGCGUGUCGAACCCAACCACCGAGACGUCAGUACUGCCGUUCGGAAUCCGGGGUAGCAGCAGACGACGAGAACACGGUGCUGAACUGCAGCUGCGAGCGAUGCUUGCAGAAGUUCGCUGGCUGCCUCGGACAAGGAUGGCAGAAGAAACGUACUUCCUGUAGGAACCUGAGUCGGAGGUACGCGAGAAAACCUCGUGCGCCAUCCCCGCCAGACGUUCCCACGCACGAAAGCAAGCCCGUUCAACGCCACUGCGAGUGCUGCAACUGUAGAGCGAAAGACGUGCGUGCGGAUGUCGAGCCGGCUAGAGAAAAUGGGUUCGUCGAGCGAGAAGAAAGCGACGAAAGAUUGCUGGACGGGAUGGUUGACGAAACAUUCGGCGCACUCAAAAGUCGGGAAGAUAUCGACAAGAUUGUGGAGCUGGCGGUGAAGGCCAGCCUCGAAAAGAUUCUUUCGUUGAACAUCUUUAGCAGUCGAAAGAAGUCGAGGUCCGUGGAGGACCUGCAGACUGUCGGUCAACGAAAGGUCGUUUCACCCAAGAAAUACAUAUUGUUGUCGACGUGCACGUCUGGGAGGCGCGAAGCAGGACAGAAUCUGUCGGAAAGCGGCCUCGGCGCGUCACAGCGUUCAUGCUCUGUCGAUGACCUGCCAUCGGCUGAGGAUGUUGAAAAGUUAUCCGAUGAGCUUUAUUGCACAUUCCUCGAGCUAAAAAGCAAAGCAAACAUAAAGAACGAACGUCUGCAAGGCGUACACAAUAUUGCAUCGAACGGUGCUUGUCAAGACCUGUCUCCAUCUACGCCUGUAAAUUUGGUAGAAAGCAGCCCUUCCUUCGAGUCUACGAAGGUAUCCACAGCUUUUAUAAGGCUAAUAAAAACGGAAAAUAUUUUGGUGUGCGAAAGAGACGCCGAUAUGGAAACGACAUCGACACAUAACGACGGAGUCACAUCGACGACGAAGAGGAUUGCGUGUGACCCAGAUAGUGAACGUUCUGCUAAUGAAGUCCACCUGAUGGUGAAAGGCCCGAAAACAAAUUUUGCUGAUGCUGAAGCAAAAGAUGCACUAGACACAGAAUCGAUGCCUUCUGCCAGUUCAGAAGAGCAGCGCGGCAGUCUAGCGAAUUCGAGCGGGCGUAACAAGCGCAGUGGACCUCGAGAUAGGAUUUUAUGUGGCUACCAGGACAUGUCCAAUAUGUUGAACCCUGCAACUUCAAGCGCGCAUUGUUCCGGAGAUCGUACAAUCGAAGUGGCCUCCGGGAACUGCACUUCAACCACGAGUACGAGCAGCCUGCCUAGCAGAAAGUCUCCCGACGGAUGGGAGGAGACUCCGACCACCGACAUGUCGGUACCGACCACGGAGCAGGAUGAGAAAUCAGAAUCGAACCUCGACGUUGUAAACGGCGAACCUGUGAGCCCGAGCGAUACUAGCACCGAUGAUCAGAAGAUUUUGGAGGAGCUCAUACGUAAGGGCAUGGCGUCCGUGCAGCAGGCGAAGCUGUCUCCGAAAUAUCCCAGGUCUCCGCUGAGAAGCGCGAGGAAGUACCGACCGAGAGGAUAUUUCUGUGGGAAAGCUAAGUUAAAGUUAGCGGCGUACACCAACACCGGCCACGUCACCGUACACAUAAUGCGUGCUACAAACCUUGUGACCUCACUGGGGCGCCCCGCAAAUUCCUACGUAAAGGUCUCUCUUCAACCGAACUCCACAAAGCGAACAAUGUGGAGGACAGCCGUGGUGAAGAACAGCCGAAACCCAGAUUACGACCAGAAAUUUUCAUUUGAGCUUAUGCCGGAGGACACGCAAAGACGGCUGUUGCUGACUGUCUGGCACAGAGACCCUCACAAUAAAAAGAAACUUCUAGAUGUGUACUAAUCCUUUAAACCAGAGUAUCGACACUGAAGUCCAGCGGAGAGCAGGAGCGCCAUCUUGUUUUUGCACCACACCGGUAUCAUCCCGAGUUGAGGGUCAAAGACGGAUAAUAUAAUGCUCCCUGUGCGAUAAUCCUUGUAUUGUCCACCAGAGCGUCCCGAAGAUAUCAAGGUCAGCUCAAGGCCGUCAACCUUGAUGAGCUGCUUGCAAGAGAAAGGAACAUUUCACCCGUGUACGACAGACGGCAUCGUUCGCUGAAGUGCGUCAGAAGUGCGCCCGCGCGUGGGUAGUGAGGCGCGGAAACAAGAUGGCGCAUGAUCGCUCUUGGAACUCAGUGUCGAUACACUGAAGCGUAGCUUAUUUAGUGACUCUAGACGGUACGUGCAUCUGCAAAAUUUGGAAACAAGCGCGUUUG